AUGGUUGAAUAUAUCGAUGUAAUCAAUGAGGAUGGUAGUCCAGCAGGCUAUUCACUACCAAGAUCAGAGAUACACAGUAAAGGCAUGUGGCAUCGUGUUGUGCAUGUAUGGUUGGUCGAUACCGAAGGAAAUCUCUUGAUUCAACAGAGAAGUGCCAAUAAAGAGUCGUUUGCAUCCUACUGGGACAUCUCUUGUGCGGGUCACAUCGAAGCUGGAAUGAACAGCAUCGAUACAGCAAUAAAAGAACUCGAUGAAGAAUUAGGUCUACACAUUACGGAUGCCUCCAAAUUAGAAUAUCUCUUUACAUAUAAUGAAUUGGCCGAUGUCUACUUAUAUACCUUUUCAAAACAUAUGGAAUUGAGUGAAUUCAAGUUACAGGAGGAAGAAGUUCAAGCAUUGAAAUGGUUGCACUACACAAAACUUUUUGAGAUGGUAUCUCGAAACGAUCCAACUUUUGUACCUCUAAAGAGAGAAGAUCAAACCUAUGAAUUUUGUGACUAUAAAAAGUUUUUUGAAACCCUCGAAAAAAAAUUCCCUUGUGCUAAUUGA